CUUGAUUGUUUUCAAGCACGACGCGUGUUUUACUGACAUUUUUGAAGAAAUAUACUGUUUGAAUAAAUAUCUUCUACAUUAUGCAGGUUUCUGUGACAAGCACUGUUGAUACGGCUCAUGAAGAUAUGAUUCAUGAUGCCCAGAUGGACUAUUAUGGUCGUAAACUAGCAACUUGUUCUUCGGACCGUAGCGUAAGAAUAUUUGAAGUAAAUGGAAAUACACAAACACAUGUGGCAACAUUACGAGGUCAUGAAGGUCCUGUAUGGCAGGUGUCCUGGGCACAUCCAAUGUUUGGUGGUUUAUUGGCAUCUUGUUCCUAUGAUAGAAAGGUGAUUAUUUGGAAAGAAAGUAACAGUGGCUGGGUAAAAUUGCAAGAAUUUUUAAAUCACGACUCAUCAGUGAAUUCAGUUUGCUGGGCACCUGAAGCAUAUGGUUUGAUGUUAGCAUGUGGGUCAUCAGAUGGAAAUGUCUCAAUCAUAUCCAGUGAAGGCGAUGGUCAAUGGGACGUUAAAAAGAUAAAUAAUGCACAUACAAUUGGUUGCAAUGCGGUCAGUUGGGCACCAGCGGUACACCCUGGUUCACUUUUUGAUAGUGUCGAUGACCCAAAACGAGGCAAGGUCGAGAAACGUCUAGUGACAGGAGGAUGUGAUAAUCUGGUCAAAAUAUGGAAAAAGAGAGAGACGGCUGAAUGGGAGGAAGAAGAGACACUGGAGUCACAUAGUGACUGGGUCCGUGAUGUAGCCUGGGCACCAAAUAUAGGAUUAGCAACCAGUAAAAUAGCAAGUUGUUCACAGGAUUGUCACGUCAUAGUUUGGACGAAAGAUGAGACAAAAUCUGGACAGUGGGAACCAGUGAUAUUACAUAAAUUUAACGAUGUUGUUUGGCACUUGAGUUGGUCGUUUGCAGGAAACAUUCUAGCUGUAUCUGGUGGAGAUAAUAGUGUAACUUUAUGGCGAGAAACAGUAGAUGGAUGGAUAUGUGUAAGUGACAUUAAUAAAGGCACGGGACAAGAGCCUGCAAAAUAACUCAAGAAGACAUUAAAAUCCGGUUUGUAAUAAAAAAAAUCGCGCAGCGCUAGAUAUGGCAGUUAUAUUUUACCCAGGCGUUUCGUGUUGAGGUUCACAGAUAUAAAAUCAUGAAAGGUUAUUCUAACGUUAAACGAUUACUUAUUCAAAAACAACCCCCAUUAAAGACAUACAUGUAUUUGUGAUUUGGCUAACACUUGAUUUUUUUCAAUUUCAAUGUACAAAUUUUGCAGAAUUUGACUCUUGAUUUUGCAGAAUUGUUUCCGUUUUCGAGAAGUAGAGCACAUGUACUAUAACUCUAUAAGUAUAUGGCCUGACUAUAAAUUGUCGUGACUGAAUCGUAGUAUAACCAGAGUUGAUGGUACUUACAUACCACAGUCACCAUUGUCUUUACAGUAUGUGCUCACGACUCAAAAUUUACCAUUUCGUUAGGGUUAUAUGUAAUAAUGUCUUGUAAAAUAUAUUAAUAACAAAUUGCAAUUUAAAUUGUCUUUGGUUUGCAGAAUUGACAUUCAUCCAACUAUUUCUACAGCUACAUUGAUAACAAUAAGAACCAGUUCCCGUGUUUUAUUUCGUGCUAACAUUUCGUUUUCUCGCACAGACUUUCAUUGGAUUUGAUACUAUUGCAGCUGCAUAAUUACAAAAUAUCUGAUAAA